UUUUGAGAAAAAAUUCUCGGAAAAUAUUAGAGUAAAUCAUUCAUUCACGACUUAUCACAAAAUCGCUACAAAACAUCAGAUGUCUUAAAAAGUUCUUUAAUCAGCUCUUAAAUCAGCUCUUAAGUCAGAUCUUUUUGCAAUUUUGUAAAAACAUGAGCAGAGUUGGUACUUUUGAAGUUUCUACAAAUAGCAAAAUAGAGUUAUAUGUUGGCAAUAUCACUGAAAUAAAAAAUUACGACGUACUCGUCAUUUCUGCUAUUCCAGGAAAUUAUGUACCUACACCUGGAUCUGUGAUUGGUGCUUUACACAGAGAUUUAAAGUUAUCAGUUGCAGAAUUAUCUAAAAAUAAAGAGGAAGUUUGUAAAGUAUUUUCAUCUUGGUGGUCUAAACGGCUUAAUAAGUUACCUAUGAACAGAAUAUUAUGUUAUGAAGGAAAUUUCCGAAACCCAAUGAGAUCUAUAGCAGAAGUGUUUGGGACACUUAUUGCAUUAGGAAACAAUGAUAUAACUGUUGCAAUGCCUCUUUUAGCUUCUGGAGAUCAGAAAUACAGCAAGGAAGAUAUGAUGAGGAUUAUUUUUAAUGCAUCAACUUGUUGGAUGCAAGUUGGUUUUCCAAUAAAAUUACUCAAAAUUGUGGUUUAUGCUCGUGAUGUUUAUAAUCUUGAUGCUUCAGCAUUAUCAUUGUGCAAAAUGUUUGCUUUUCUAACAACUACGAGUUGGAGGAUGUCAUUACUUAAACAACCACAAGAACGCUAUGACAUUUAUAUGUCUUACAAUUUUAAAGACAAAUUUCUUGCUAAUGAAAUAGUUAAAAUAUGUGAAAAUUUACAUAAUGGUAUUCGGAUCAAACAUCCUCAAUACAUUAAUGAAAUUGAAGUAUGGCAAGAAGAAAUAUAUAAGGCUAUCGUGAGAAGUUCAUGUGUUAUUGCUUUGAUAUCUUCGGAAUAUUUAAAUGAUUCCUCCUGCAUUGAACAGUUUAAUAUCGCUCUAUGCUCUUCAAGAUAUCAAAAUUCUGGUGAUUUGUUCAUAUUCUAUGUUUCAGAGAUAUCUUUACCUACUUAUAUGGGUUUCCAUGGUUUUUUUGAUUGCAGGCAAGGUUAUGAAAAAGUGAUGAACGCUUGCAAAGAUGUUUGUCGUUCUAUAUUUGGAUCUACCGAUAUUGUUCUAUGCCCCGAUCCUGUUGAAAGCAAUGAGGUGUUGAUUCCCGUUGAGCACGAUGAAAUGCUAGUGUUAAAGAGUGUUUAGAUGUAUCUGUUUUAAACGGUGUGGGUGGAGUGAUGCUUAUUUAAACAGCAUUUAGAUUCAUCUGCUUUCAAUGUGUGAAUGGAACGAUGCUUAUUUAUUGACAAAUUUAAUGUUUAUGUUA